AUGAGAUACACAUUUGACAAAGAAAAACUCUUCAUUAACACCUUCCAGCCUUUGAAACACAAACCUUUUUACGGUGUGCCUUGCGGUGGAAUCGGUUCCGGUGCAAUGGGACGCGAUUUUCGUGGUGGUUUUUGCAAAUUUAGUCUGCGACCUGGUCUUGUAGAACAUAAGGUGGACGUCAUUCCAGUGAGUGAAGUUAUUCGUGUUGGAAUUCUUAUUUUUGAUCAGUGA